AUGGACACGAGGUUCGAGAAUCCUUACUGUUUGUGUUGGGCGAGCACCUCGAAGAACACGACAUACAAGAGAGUGCCGGCGGCCAGCCCAUGGAGAACGACAGCCAACAGUCCAGAAGACACAUCCAAAGAACCAUCAUCGCCGAAGUGUACGAGAUGCCGGAUUCCCACUGGCAUCAGUGGCUAUGUAAGUGACGAGAAUGGCCCUCUUGGUAUCCGACCAGGUCAGUUCCAAGCCGAUGCAAAAGGCGAUAAUUAG